AUGGAUUAUUGCUCUGGAGGAGAUUUGGAUCAUUUAUUAAUGAAAUAAGGAAAAUUAUCGAUAAAUGUUGUCAAAAUUUAUGUUUCGGAACUUGUUUUAGCUAUUGAAACUUUACAUAAAAAUAAUAUAAUUUAUAGAGAUUUAAAGCCUAGUAAUGUUGUUAUUGAUAAUGAAGGUCAUGUACUUAUAACUGAUUUUGGAUUAGCUAAACAAGGUAUUAAUUAAUAAUAUGUUACUAAGUCUUUUUGUGGGUCACCAGCUUAUUUGCCUCCUGAAAUGCUAACUAAAAAUGGCCACACUUUAAGUUUGGAUUGGUAUUUGUUAGGUGUUUUAAUGUAUGAGUUAUUAACUGGAAUGCCUCCUUUUUAUCACGAUGAAAAAGCUUAAUUAUUUGAGAAUAUAAAAAGUGGUUCAUUGAAGUUUCCAAAAUAUGUUUCUGCUGAUGCAAAAGAUCUUAUUUAAAAAUUAAUGAUUAAAGAUCCUAUGAAAAGAUUGGGAAGUAAAGGAAGUCAAGAAGUGAAGAAUCAUCAUUUUUUCUCAGAUGUAAAUUGGACAGAUGUUUAUAACAAUUACAAUUUCAGAAAAAAAAUAAGUAGAAGAAGACUGUUAAGGCUAGUAAGAUAGUACGUUUGUAAAGUUUUGGGAUUAUAAUAUUGA